AUGGCGCGGCGGUGGCGGCCGUCGCACCUUGUGUUCGUCGCGGGGGUGGCCUAUCUCAUCCUCAUCUCCCUCAAGUUCCGCCGCGUCCUCGACCUUGCCACCGCCGACCUCGCCGCUGUUGACUCCGCCUUCUCCUCCCCAUCCUCCACCGACCACCUUCCCCCUCUCCUCCCAGGCAACUCGUCCUCCUCCAAUGCCACCCUGUUCCAGGUCCAGCCCUUCUGGCACCGCUACGACCGCGUCUCCCUCCCCGACAUCGCCGCUCGCAACCGCUCCGCGCUCGACCGCAUGGCCGACGACGCCUGGUCGCUCGGGCUCACCGCCUGGGAGGACGCCGCAGCCUUCGCCGGGGACCCCUGGGAGCUCGCCGCCGUCGAUGCCGCCUCUACCGACAAGUGCCCCGCCGCCGUCUCCGUGCGCGCGCGGGGGAGGGUCGUCUUCCUGCCCUGCGGCCUCGCCGCUGGCUCCGCUGUCACCGUCAUCGGCACGCCUAGGUCAGCGCACAAGGAAUACGUGCCGCAGCUCGCCAGGAUGCGCCAGGGGGACGGGACCGUGCACGUCUCGCAGUUCAUGGUCGAGCUGCAGGGCCUGCGCGCCGUUGACGGCGAGGACCCACCCAGGAUACUGCACCUUAACCCCAGGCUGAGGGGGGACUGGAGCCAGCGCCCCAUCAUCGAGCACAAUACCUGCUACCGGAUGCAGUGGGGCUCCGCACAGCGCUGUGACGGCUUGCAGCCCGAGGACAACGACGACAAGGUCGAUGGGUUCACCAAAUGUGAGAAAUGGAUACGUGAUGAUAUUGUUGACACAAAAGAGUCCAAGACAACUUCAUGGCUAAAGAGGUUCAUAGGGCGUGCAAAGAAACCGGCAAUGACAUGGCCAUUCCCUUUUGUGGAAGACAGGCUAUUUGUUCUUACUAUACAAGCUGGUGUUGAAGGUUUCCACAUAUAUGUUGGUGGUCGACAUGUGACAUCUUUCCCUUAUCGACCAGGGUUCACUCUUGAAGAUGCAACAGGAUUAUAUGUUAAGGGUGAUGUGGAUGUCCAUUCAGUUUAUGCCACUGCUCUUCCUAUGUCUCAUCCCAGUUUUUCCCUUCAACAAGUCCUUGAAAUGUCAGACAAAUGGAGGUCCCAACCACUGCCAAGAGAUCCAGUUUACCUUUUUAUCGGAAUACUUUCGGCAUCAAAUCAUUUUGCUGAGCGCAUGGCUGUGAGAAAAACUUGGAUGCAAACUUCAGAAAUUAAGUCUUCUAAAGUAGUCGCACGAUUCUUUGUAGCACUGAAUUCGAGGAAAGAGGUCAAUGUGAUGCUGAAGAAAGAAGCUGAAUACUUCGGAGAUAUUGUCAUUUUGCCAUUUAUAGAUCGUUAUGAACUGGUAGUUCUUAAGACAAUCGCUAUUUGCGAGUAUGGGGUCCAGAACUUGACAGCGGCCCAUGUCAUGAAAUGUGACGACGAUACAUUUGUGAGGGUAGAUGUGGUUCUCAGACAUAUCAAGAUGAACUCCCUUGGCAAACCAUUAUACAUGGGGAACCUUAACCUCUUGCAUAGACCACUGAGAACUGGGAAAUGGGCAGUUACGGAGGAGGAGUGGCCUGAAGAUAUCUAUCCGCCUUAUGCUAAUGGACCCGGUUAUGUAAUUUCUGGUGGCAUAGCAAAAUUCGUCGUGUCUCAGCAUGCCAAUCAGAGUUUAAGGCUAUUCAAGAUGGAGGAUGUAAGUAUGGGGCUAUGGGUUGAAAAAUUCAAUUAUACCAUGCCUGUCAGGUAUUCUCAUAGCUGGAAGUUCUGCCAGUAUGGUUGCCUCGAGAACUACUACACUGCGCACUAUCAGUCGCCAAGGCAAAUGCUAUGCUUGUGGGACAAGUUGGUUCGUGGUCGCCCAUCCUGCUGCAAUUACAGAUAG